GAAGUUUUACUGUACUUCUUCUAUAGAAAAUUAAAUAAAACUUCCUUCUCUUAUAAAAAUGGCAAACAUAAAUAACUACGAAUUAUUAAACCUUUUAGGUUCUGGUACAUAUUCUACAGUUCAUAAAGCGAUUGAUAAAAUAACAAGGCAAAUUGUGGCAAUAAAAAUUUUGGAUCGAAAGAGAAUUUUAAAAGGACGAAAAUUGUCGAUUGACAAUCUUGUUCAAGAAAUUCAAUUAUUAAAGAAACUUCAACAUCCUUAUAUUGUAAAAAUGGAAGAUUUUUGCUGGGAUGCACAGAAUAUUUACAUAAUUAUGGAACUAUGUGAAGUUUCGCUUUCAUCGUUCAUUAAGAAAAGACAAAGACUUCCUGAAACUACGUGUCGCAUCUUCAUUAGAAUGUUAGCAGAAGCCAUGAAGUAUCUUCGUGAUAACAAUGUCAGUCAUUUCGAUUUGAAGCCUCAAAAUUUGUUGCUUACACGUUCGAAGUCAACUUCAACUUACAUUUUAAAGAUUUGCGACUUUGGAUUUGCGCAGCAAUUAACUCCAGAAGAAGAAAAUGACACAAUCAAAGGAUCUCCAUUGUACAUGGCACCUGAAAUCAUCUUGAAACAUAAAUACGACGCUAGAGCUGAUCUGUGGAGCAUUGGAGUAAUUUUGUAUGAAUGCCUUUUCGGAAGCGCUCCUUACAGUUCCAAAUCCAUUGAAGAAUUAAUGGAAAAAGUGAAAUCAUUACAAAAAAUUGAAAUUCCUCGUAACACAAAGAUCUCAAUAGAAUGUGAAGAUUUGCUAACACGACUCCUAAAACAUGAUCCAAAUGAAAGAAUUACAUUCGAUGAUUUUUUUAAUCACGAUUUCGUUGAUUUAAAACAUGCACCAAGCGAUGAAAAUAUGGAAAAAGCAAUUGAAAUUGUGACAAAAGCAGUUGAAGAAGACAAAAAUCAGAAUUAUACGAAAGCUUAUCAUCUUUAUUGUGAAGGCUUAACUUAUUUCGUACCUUUAAUUGACGCUGAAAGUGGAACAAGAAAAGCAUCAUUACGUGCAAGAGCUUUAAGUUAUCUAAAUAGAGCUGAAGAAAUUAAACAUUCAAUAUUGUUCGCCAAUCAACAACAAACAUCGUCAACACCUGAAGUUUCGAAAUCUCAGCAACCAGCAAUUCCAUCACAAUCAACAGUCUCGGUACGAGAAGCUCUUGCACCAUCGCAAAACUUCAAAACUCUUCUCCAAAAAUGUUAUUCGCAUCCGCAAUUAAGAAAUGGAUUGGAAAUUGGACAAUCAGCAGAAUAUUACGCUUAUGAAAGGAAGUUAGAAUCUUCACUCGAGUCAUAUAAACGUGCUUUAGGUAUCCUCGUGCCAUUACUAAAUGAAGAAGUCGAUGUUGAAAGAAAGAAGUUACUACACAAACAAAUCCUCGAUUGGAUGAAAGAAGCUGAAAGCAUCAAGUCAAUAUUGCAAGCACAAAAUAAUAUUAAAGAUGGGAAUGACGACAUUACAAGUCAACAUCAUUGCAUUUUAUCUUAAAGAAUUUCUUUUAUUGUUUCUUCAUGUGAUAUUUUAAUUUAUUCCGCUUAAAAUUGAAGUUUAAUUGUCGCUGAGCGCCAAUCGGCGAUUGAAUAAAAAAUAUUAAGUUUAAUUUGAAUUUGAUUAUUUACAAAAUAUUUCCUUAUCUAUUUACAUUUUGAGGCAAAUUUAAAGCCCAGUCAUGUUACGUAAUUUUCUAAUGAUCCCGACUAAAUUUCGGUCACCCGCGGUUGAUGGAGAUAAAAAAUCUUGGAAUGAUUUUGAUGUUCAUUGUGAAGAGUGCGAAAAAUUGUUCAUUAAUUUUAUAGUUUGAUUAAGAGUUUCUAAGUUG